AUGAUAGGGACUACUAAUACUGCCAGUGCGACUACUACUAACACUAGUACUACUUCGGGUAAUUCAGAUUGGAUUGCAUCUCAAAAGAAGACAUUACUUCGAUGGGUAAACUCUAAAUCACCUUCACCAGUCAAAGAUCUCGUUACUGAUUUGAGAAAUGGCCUAGUGCUAGUUGAAUUAGUCACCCAGAUUCCUAUUGCUGGUACCACAUUUGUUCUUCUGCCUAUCCACAAGAACCCUACCUUUAAGUUACAGAUGGUAGAAAACAUUCAAGAUCUUUUAGACUAUUGUCGCUUGAUAUUGAAGAUAAACACAACUGGUAUAUCUGCCGACGCCAUAGUCAAUGGUAAUGAGAAACUAGUGCUAGGACUUGUGUGGUUACUCUUUAUCAACUCUUCCGCGUUGACCAUAUCUCAACUGUCAGACCAUGGGGGGUUUGUCGAAUUGAAAGGCAUCAUUGUCAACUGGGUCCAAAACAUCGCUGCCAAAAAGAACAUCAUCAUAUCUGAUUUGAGUAAAGACUGGUCUUUGGCUCGUGAUUGUAGACCCGACCUAAUACUCUUUGAGAUCCAAGAGCAUUAUUGUCCAGGAAAGUUAUCGCUAUGUGAUAACCCAGUACAAAACUUGGCCAACAUUAUUACUUUUGCUGAGACUUAUUUAGGCAUUGCCAGAUUAGUAGAUGUGGAAACGUUCAUGGACUUGAUACCUGAUGAUAAGUGUGUUUUAACUUAUUUAGUAGAGUGGUACAUUGUUAUGGAAACAAAAAUGGGAGUAGGCCAACUGGAAGAAGAAAAAGUGGAAGCUCCUUUGGAUCCAAUGAUAGAAUUCCUAAUACAGACUAUUCGAUUAAAGAAUACAUAUGAAACGAAAGCAUUGAGAUACAUAAACAAAAUCAACUCGUUGUUACCGAGAAUUGCACGCAACUUGGAGUAUUUGAGUUCUUUGAAAGCAGACAAUUUUUCAGUGUUUAUACGUGACAGCAAAUGUGAUGACAAUGAUGGAGAUGAAGUUGAUGAUGAUACCGAAAGGAUUAUAUCUUUGACUGCGCCAUUGGAUGACUUUAUGGGUGUAACUGAGGGUUACGUGCUGUAUUUGGACGGUACAUUAAAUGCAUUGCUUGCUACAGAUUAUUCAGAACUACAAUCUUUAAUUGGUCACAUCAACAACAACUUGCAAAAAUGUGGACUAACAUACGACCCACCUAAAUUUUAUACCCCAUUGUAUCUUGAGGGAAAGUAUUUACUGCUUAAGCAACAAGGAAACCAACUACACCGGAAAAUAAGUGACUCCAUUAUUACACUACAAAGAAGUUUGACUAAAGGGGACCUUUAUUCGUUAGUUGAGAAAAUAGAACAAGCAUUUUCCAGAAAUGACCUUGAUCCUGACUUGAAGGAGCACUACAUUAAGAUUCUUUCUUCUGUGGAGCAUGCAACGGGAGUAUUAAAAAAGUUAGAUGUGAUUUGUGGUAUUGUCAACUCAAAGAGCCAAAUCUUUGACACGAUUCAAUCGAAGGAUGAACUGAUCACCCACUACAAUACUACUACUGCUACUACUACUACUACUAAUAAAGACCUUGGUGUUUCUGAGUCUACUUACAAGUUAUUCCGUGAGAAGUUCCUACAAGGUAAUCAUUUCACAGAGCAAGAAUUAUUGAACUGGCUUCAUAGAAAUGCAGAUGAAAACUUGGAUGCAAUUCUUCUUAAACAAUUGCUUCGGCUGGUGCCGUCAAAGUCACUCGAAAAACACAUGGACUCAGACUUCCUGUUGAGCGAUGGCAGCGAUCAUGAUAGUGACGGAGGUCACAGUAGUAGCAGUUCACUUUUCGAUGGGAUUCAAAAGAAGAUAGAAACAAAACUAUUUGGGUUUGACAAAGUAUACGAUACAGAAGAGUUCUUAAUGAGAGUAGAUAAUGGGUUUAGGGUCUAG